AUAAUUAAGAAUUUUUUUCUUCGACUGCUUUUUAUAGACAGAUUAUAUAUCGCACCUGUAUCAAUUCGGCCCGAUUUUUGAUACAGGUCAUAUUGGGUAACAAUCCAGGUAUAUAUAAGCAUUAUUAGCCAGGGCGGUUAUAACAGCAGGGGCAGGAUGUGUGUGUGUUUUGGCGACUGUUUUGACCUUCGUCAAAAUGCAAUUGUGUCAGUAGGGUUUUAAAAAAAACCAUUUAGUGGCUCACCGUGGCCCUAGUCCCUGUUGCGGCGAACCUCGGUCAUCAUAUCGCCAGAGCGUUGUGUGACGUCAAUUGGUUAGUAUUGUUUGAAAAAAGAAAACCGGAAUAUCACAACAAGGGCGAAUCCAAAGCAAGCGUUUUAAGUCAGUACUGGUUAAAUUUUUCAAUUCCCUAAGUUAUAAAACAAACAGUUCCGCGCUAGAGAUUUUACUGACAGUUUUUUAGUAAAAUUACGUGAUAACUAUUUUGUACAUAGCGUGUAUAUUCACGAGGAAAUAAAAUAAAUUGUAUCUUAGCAUACUCACUUCAGUUUUGACCUUAAACACUAAAGUAUCAUACCAGCAUCCUCUGCUCUGUGUCUGCAUUGAUUUUUCAAAAAAUAUAUAUAUUGCUGAAUAAUGCGAAUGUAUCAUAUCGCAAGUGGAAUAUGAAAUGAUAUUGCACGAAGAGACAAGAUGAUUCAUUAACUAUUCAAGUCAUAUCAACCACCCCCCGCAACGCUAGGUUGGCAAGGCCAGAUUGGAGACGCCAUUGCAAAGAUGGCGGAAUUAAACAGUAGUCUAACAGCUAUGGAUUGGCUCCCAAAGCUCAGUGUUGGCGGAGCGAUGGGAAACGCCAAUGGAUGUGAUAGUAUGGGUCUUCAAAAACCGUCGUUGCGAAAAAGCCCUGGCUCUCCUGUUAAUCCAUAUGCCACACUCACCGAACAAGAAGCCCGCGAACAUCAAUUGCGGGAAAACAAACCACCGUAUUCUUACGCUAACCUCAUCACAUUCGCAAUAAAUAGUUCAGAUAGCAAGAAAAUGACUUUAAGUGAAAUAUACCAAUGGAUCUGUGAUAAUUUUCCGUAUUAUAGAGAAGCUGGAAGCGGAUGGAAGAACUCGAUACGACACAACCUCAGCCUGAACAAAUGCUUUCGAAAAGUUGCAAGAAGUAAAGACGAUCCGGGAAAAGGAUCAUAUUGGGCUAUCGAACAAAAUCCCUCAGAGGAUGUACUACAACCAAGACUCAGCCGUAAACGUGGCCCGAACGGGUCAUUUGUUUAUGGUGAUGAAGAUUGCCAAUACUCACCUGGUGGUAUGUCACAAGAUGGUAUGUCCCCAGACCUCUCACCUAUGCAUACCUCUCCGAUACCAUGCGCACCACUAAAUCCCUCUCAGUCACCCUACGGCACCUCACCUUCUGCUGCAUCACAUAUGUCCCCAACCAACAACCAACCUGGUAGCGUUCCAUUCAACAACAAUAACAACAACAACGUUGGUGAGCCCCCAACUAAAGUCAUACCUGACAUUAGUUUUGAUGAUUUAAGUGCAUCAUUUCGAAGUUUGUAUAGAUCAAUGUUUGAUGCAAGUCAGAACCAACAAAGUUUUGGUGGUUCAAGCUCCUCCUCAUCCAAUCCAAUAAUCGGUGAAAAUCCAAGCCUUGGUAACACAAGUACCAGCCAGCAGUCCCUAAGCUUGGUGCAAAGUCUUGAGACCUUGCUAGAGAGUAUGAACUCUGGUAACUGGCAAAAUGUUGACUGGGGACAGAUGCAAUCUGUUAUGGAGAACAUGCAAGGUUUAGAUGCAAGCUCUUUUGGUGUUGACCCUGUCCAGUGGCAAGAACUGACUCAAUCAUUUAACCAGCUCCUUAAUGCCCAAGGCAUUCAAAGAAACUUUUUUAGCACUUCUAACCAAUCAUAUUCAAGUAACAGUAGCAGCAGUCACUCAGGAAAUAAUUUUUCUGGUCGAAGUUUUUUGAAUCUUUCACCAGGAAGUGGUGCUCAUUUAUCAGCGGGUAGUUUUGUCGGUUCUGGAAGUCCUGGUACAAGUGCUGGCUCAUAUCGUUCAACUGGUAGUGUCCCAGGAAUUCGAGUGACACCACCAAGCUAUAACAUUCCAAGAAGAAAUGUAAUCGAUGAAGAGGAAGAAGAAGACGAUUUUGAUUGGUCAACAAUCAUGUAGUUUUCACGGGGUUGUUUCCUGUGUGUAUAUAACUUAUUCUCUAAUUGGAAUUAACUGCACCAAAUGUUGAUUUGGCUAACACGCAAUAUUUGCACGUUCAAAAUAACGCGAAACUGUGCUGAAGAUGCCAUGAAAAUAUGAAGUCGUGGGAAGAUUCAUAUUUAAAACAGAAAAUCAAGACCGGCUCUGUUUACAAAUCUCAUUACGAGAAAGGUCAUACGGUAUAGUUUGUGUUAUUAUAGCCAAUUAUGUGCGUGCUUUCAUUUAAAACACUGUAAUAUGGCUUCCUGGGGUUAAAACCUUUAUGUAUGGUAUUAAUCCACUGGAAGAUAGAAGGAUGUUCAGUCUGAACGACGUUCUACCUUCCUGGCUUCCAGUAUCAACUAAUGCUCAUCGAUUUUGAACUGACUUUGUAUUACCAUUGGCGUUGAUGUGAAUCUUACUCUUUAGUUGUAAAGUUUGUAUAUUUAUUGCGAAAACAAUGUUUUUUAUGACCGAGUUGAUCUUGGUACCAAGUUGAACUUGAUAGUGAUUUCAUAAAUAAAUAGGAUCUGAAUACGCUUUGUUACAAAAACGUUGCUGAAAUUGAUAAAAUACGCGAGUCUUGAUGCGUGAACAGUUGCAAUAAACACGACGUAUUCAAUAACUUGCAAAAAAUCCCAGUUUUUCAGCUGCCAGUUGACUGUGAAUUACUAUCUUUUGCCUAUCAAACUCAAAGCGCAUUCAUGUAACUAUUUGACACCCAUCCUAGUCUUUUUAGAUUUUACAAUGAAGUUGUACUGAACUGUUAGUGUAUUAUAAUAAUAAUAGUUUUUGCAACAUAUGGAUUAUUUUCGCUAGA